CGCGCAUGCGCCGUACAUUGAGUUUAGCGCGCGGGAGUACACAAGGAAGAAGUGAAACGUUACAGUAUAACUUGCGGCUGUUGUCUCUGUCUCGCUGUGUCAUUCACAUUUAAGGCUUUAUUUUACUAACGUAUCAACUAGGUGCCAACAUGUGGAAUCAGGGAGGGUACAGUGAGUCGAGCAUGGUUGGAGGUUACACUCAGUCUCCUGGAGGCUUUGCAUCACCUUCAUUAUCCCAGGGAGGAGAGAAGAAAGGGAGGGCCCGCGCCAAUCAGAUUAUCCCCUGCACAGUGUCACAGCUGAUGUCUGCCUCCCAGGCUGAUGAGGCCUUCAAAGUAGGAGAUGUAGAGGUUGCCCAGGUAACCAUUGUGGGUGUCAUCAGGAGCACGGACAAAUCCAUGACCAACAUCCAGUACAAGGUCGAUGACAUGACAGGUGCUCCCAUGGACGUGAAGCAGUGGGUAGACACAGAGGACCCCGGUGUUGACAGCACCGUCCUGCCUCCAGGUACAUACGUCAAAGUCUCUGGCAAUCUGCGAUCAUUUCAGAACCACAGAUCUGUUGUAGCAUUCAGCGUCAGGCCCCUGGAGGACAUGAAUGAAAUCACCUCGCACAUGCUGGAGGUUGUCCAAGCUCACAUGGCACUCAGCAAACCUCAGAGCACGUCUGGUGGUGUUGGGGGAGGAAUGAGCAGUAACGUCACCUCCAUGUCGCGGUCAGGCAUGGAUAACAUGGGAGGGAGCUAUGCAGGUGCUAACGACAUGACUAACAAUGGGUUAAGUGCCAACCAGAAUCAGGUGCUGAGUUUGAUAAGAAGCUGCCCAGACGCGCAGGGCAUCAGUAUCCAAGACCUGAAGCAGAGGCUCAGUGGCAUAAGUCUGACUGUCAUCAAGCAAGCAGUGGAGUUUCUAAGCAAUGAAGGUCACAUCUUUUCCACCAUCGACGAAGACCACUACAAAUCUACAGACAAUGAUGAUUAAACACCUUCACCUAUCAAGCACCUUUGGAGUUACUUGUGUGUAUUUACCCUGACACAAAUUGUUAGUACAGGUUUUCUAACUGGAAACUUGUCUGACAUUCGCAAUUCCAUAAGGCUGAGUAAAAUCCUUUUCUCUUUUGGUAAUGUGGUUCAUGAUAACUGAAAAGCGCAUGGGUCAGUGUUCUGAGAACUUUGGUUCACACAUCCUUUAUUCCUGAGCUCACUUCUGCUUUGCAAGUCCCAGAGGUGUUGCCGUUUAAGAAGCUGUUGUUAGCAGUAAAUACUGUUAUUCUGUAUCCGCCCUCUCUCUUUUGUAAAGCAUUUUGUAAUUUUAAACACUUUGAAUUAGUCAAUUUAUUUCUGUCUAUGUAUCUUAAGUCUGCUAACAUUAAAAGAUUAUACAAAACACA